GCUAAGUGCAACCAUUCGUCUUCUCGCUUCAUCGUUUUCUCUUUUCCGAUGGCAAAAGCUUGCCUCUUGCAGUCUACUCUACUCCCAGCUUACUCUCCACUUCACAAACUUCGUAAUCAAAACAUCACCCUCUCUUUCUCACCGCUUCCGCUGUCCCGAUGCCGUCCCGGAAUCCACUGCUCAGUUUCGGCCGGUGAGACUACAAUACAAUCCAUGGAGGAAGCUCCGAAGAUAUCAUGGGGAUGCGAGAUUGAUUCACUUGAGAACGCUACUUCUCUUCAGAACUGGCUCUCUGAUUCAGGUCUCCCUCCGCAGAAAAUGGCUAUUGAUAGAGUCGACAUCGGUGAGCGAGGCCUCGUCGCUUCACAGAAUCUCAGAAAAGGAGAGAAAUUGCUCUUCGUUCCUCCUUCUCUCGUCAUCAGUGCUGAUUCCAUCAAUGCAAGGUUAAAGUAUCUGGCUUUCAUGAAUGUGAAUAUCUAAUAUCGGAGAUUGGGUUUUAGGAAUGGACCAACGCAGAAGCUGGUGAAGUGAUGAAACGUUAUGAUGUUCCAGAUUGGCCUUUGCUCGCCACUUAUCUUAUAAGUGAAGCAAGUCUUCAGAAAAGCUCAAGAUGGUUUAACUAUAUCUCAGCUCUUCCCCGACAACCUUACUCGCUUUUAUACUGGACUCGGACAGAGCUUGAUAUGUACUUGGAAGCUUCUCAGAUUCGAGAACGGGCAAUUGAAAGAAUCACCAAUGUUGUUGGAACUUAUGAAGAUCUAAGAAGCAGGAUAUUUUCCAAACACCCUCAACUUUUCCCUAAAGAGGUUUUCAAUGAUGAGACAUUUAAGUGGUCUUUUGGAAUCCUAUUCUCACGGUUGGUGCGGUUGCCUUCUAUGGAUGGAAGAUUUGCCUUAGUUCCAUGGGCAGAUAUGCUUAAUCAUAAUUGUGAGGUUGAGACGUUCCUGGAUUAUGAUAAAUCUUCAAAAGGAGUUGUCUUUACAACAGAUCGACCAUAUCAACCAGGUGAGCAGGUUUUCAUAUCCUAUGGGAAUAAAUCUAACGGAGAGCUAUUGUUAUCUUAUGGGUUUGUUCCCAGAGAAGGAACCAAUCCUAGUGAUUCAGUAGAACUAGCAUUAUCACUUAGGAAAAACGAUAAGUGUUACGAGGAAAAGCUGGAUGCUUUAAAGAAACACGGAUUAUCGACACCUCAAUGCUUUCCCGUAAGGAUAACGGGUUGGCCAAUGGAGCUAAUGGCAUAUGCUUAUCUUGUGGUGAGCCCUCCAGAUAUGAGAAACAACUUUGAAGAGAUGGCGAAAGCUGCUUCAAAUAAGACAUCAACAAAGAAUGAUCUAAAAUAUCCUGAAAUCGAGGAAGACGCAUUGCAGUUCAUACUGGACUCAUGCGAAACAAGCAUAUCAAAGUACAGCCGAUUUCUAAAGGAAAGUGGAUCAAUGGAUUUGGACAUAACAUCUCCAAAACAGUUGAACCGAAAAGCGUUUCUGAAACAGCUAGCUGUAGACUUGUCCACUAGUGAGCGCAGGAUACUGUACCGUGCUCAAUACAUUCUGAGGAGGAGACUGAGAGAUAUCAGAAGUGGUGAGCUGAAGGCUCUACGGCUCUUCAGUGGACUUAGGAACUUCUUCAAGUGAAUGUUGAAUGAGGACAUUUCAACAGCUUUAAGAUGGAUCAAAGGUAGGCCUCGUUGUGCUUCAACCAAAAAUGUAGUUUUUUAUUACAAAAAAAUUGAACGUUGGUGUAGGCAUGGUUGGAUCUGUCUCACUCGUAUAGGAAUAUAUUGGUCCAGCCAUAUAUGUAAUUUGAUCAUUUUCUAUAAACUCAAAACCUGAACCUAAAUUGAUUAAUUAAGGAAACGCAUGAGAGAGUAAGGGUAGAAACAUGUUCUUCGUAUUUGAUCCGAAUCGAACUGAAAUAAUCGAUCCAACAAACAAAGAUAAUUUGAAAAUUAAGAAUAUAUCUGACUACAACUCAUAACGAAAACCGUACCAAAACUCACACUCCUUGUUACCGCAAACAAGAUAAUCUGAUGGUACACGUCAGAACAUUUGUUUCUUUAGCAAAGCAAGUAAACAUUCCACUGUGGCAAAGUAAAAAACGAGAAACCUAUAAAGUCU